CCGCUCAGACUCUCUGGGGGAGGGUCUCCCUAAGAAAAGGCCAGGUGCCCGCCUGCCCGCAGGUACAUUUGUGAGACUGUGCUGCUGCGGAUGCCCAGAGACUGCGUGCUGGUGUCAGCUCGCCCCAGAAAAAGUUUGCACAAUCUUGUAGCAGCAGUUUUUCGGGGAUUCUGGUAAAUUGCAACACUCCUGGCACCAGGCUUCACCCUUAACAUCCUUGUUCCAGCGCCAGCGAAUGUAGCCAUUCUCCGGGGUCCGCUGGGACCUUUGCUGUGAGGAGGCCACAUAGCCUCCCAGCAGGGUAUCCACCUCUCUCCAUGUGGCCCAAGAACCCCUCGGACCGCGCUAUCUGCUGGGGAUUCGUCCUUCCCACCAGAGCACCACCAGUUCCCUGAACUUGAUGUUGUGACUGCAUCUAAACUUCACUCUGCCUCAUCCUUGUGAAAUCUAGAUGGAUGAAAAGGUGUGAGAAUCUGCUGUUGGCUAUGUUCUCCACGGAGCUUUGUUUCUAGCUGUUCUCUGACAAAGGGCUUGUUCUGUGCAGCACAGCUCGUCCUCUUUGUACAGCCUCUGGCUUCAACCACUGAAUCACAAAUAUUCUCCAGCUGGGAAUCAAGCAAGGGCAGACAUGAACCCAGAAGCCCAACAGGAUGUUUCAGUUUCCCAGGGAGUUCGCAUGAUGUUUUACAUGAUGAAGCCCAAUGAAACGUCAUUCCAAACACUGGAAGAGGUACCCGAUUAUGUAAAACAGGCAACUCCAUUUUUCAUUUCCUUAAUGCUUCUUGAACUGGUUGUCAGCUGGAUUCUCAAAGGGAAGGCACCAGGUCGUUUGGAUGAUGCAUUAACAUCAAUGUCAGCCGGCAUUCUUUCUCGGCUUCCAAGUUUGUUUUCCAGAAGCAUCGAACUGACCACAUACAUUUAUAUCUGGGAGAACUACAGGCUCAUCGUUUUGCCUUGGGAUUCUCCAUGGACUUGGUAUUUAACUUUCUUAGGAGUUGAUUUUGGCUACUACUGGUUCCAUCGCAUGGCCCAUGAGGUUAAUAUUAUGUGGGCUGGACACCAAACCCACCACAGUUCUGAAGACUACAACUUAUCCACAGCACUGAGGCAAUCUGUUUUCCAAAUAUAUACUUCCUGGAUAUUCUACUCUCCCUUGGCCCUCUUCGUACCGCCUUCAGUAUAUGCUGUUCAUCUUCAAUUCAAUCUUCUCUACCAAUUUUGGAUCCACACAGAGAUCAUUAAUAACCUUGGUCCUUUGGAACUGAUUCUUAAUACUCCUAGCCAUCAUCGGGUUCAUCAUGGCAGAAACCGUUAUUGCAUUGACAAAAAUUAUGCUGGCGUUCUUAUUAUAUGGGAUAGAAUUUUUGGGACAUUCGAGGCAGAAAAUGAAAAAGUUGUAUAUGGUCUAACGCAUCCCAUUAAUACAUUUGAACCAUUCAUGGUGCAGUGCCACCAUUUAGUUUACAUAUGGACUACAUUCUGGGCCACACCUGGAUUCUUCAAUAAGUUUUCUGUCCUAUUUAAAGGACCAGGAUGGAGUCCAGGUAAACCAAGACUUGGACUAAGUGAAGAAAUACCAGAGGUCACCGGGAAAGAAGUUCCCUUUUCAUCAUCGGUGUCUCAUCUAUUGAAGAUAUAUGCAGUUGUACAGUUUGCUUUGAUGCUAGCAUUUUAUGAAGAGACCUUUGCAGAUAAAGCUGCACUAUCACAAGUUACCCUCCUUCUGAGGGUUUGCUUCAUUAUUCUGACAUUGACCUCCAUUGGAUUUCUUCUGGAUCAAAGACCUAAGGCAGCUGUACUGGAAACUUUCCGUUGCUUGGUGUUCCUAAUGUUGUGUAGAUUUGGUCAUCUGAAGCCUUUCACUCCUUCUUUGUCAUUUGCUUUAGAGAUUUUUUUUUCCAUCUGCAUUGCUUUCUGGGGAGUCAGAAGCAUAAAACAACUUGCCUCCAGCGCUUGGAAAUAAGUUUGUACUCAAUUCUCUUGUUUUAAUCAAUAGUCCACAACCACAGUAUAUUAUGACUGCCUGUGGAAAUAUAAUUAUCUUAUAUAAUGAUUAUAUGAACCAUUUUUUUAAUGAAAGGUGAAUAUGCUUAUCUACUUUUGCUUGCUUUCCAUAUGUUAUUUUCUAUUAAAAUUAAAGUGUGCUGCAAUUACUUUCCUUUAUUGAUGGGUUUGAAAACAAGUGAUAUCAAAUACAGUCAUGUUAUAUUCACUUGUAGCAUCUGAGUCAAAGAGUAUGAGAAAAGGAAGGGAGAAAACUUAAAAAGAAUGAAGAUUUCAUUUGCAUUUUUUGACAACUUUUUCUUUGCUGCAUGCUAAAAUUGUGCUUAUAUCAAUAUUUGUUUUCAUAAACAUGUGUUACAUUAGUUGUCUGCAUAAGGCUAUAUUUACCUUUGAAAACCACAUAACCUAAGCAACUACAUUACAGAAAAAGACAUCAUGGAAGUGAAAAUGAGUAGAAUUUAUCAGAAUUUGUUUAUACAACAGAUCAAUACAUAUGUCUAAUAUGUUUGGUCAGUUUGUUUUGGCAAUUUGAAGGUAUGCAGUCAAACAUCCUUUGUUUUUUGAAAGCUUGCGUUAUGCUUUGCUUUUACGUAUUAUGAAAGACCUCCAUUAGUACCUAUUUUUACUAACUGAAAGAAAUGUUCACUUUUACAAAAAAAAAACCCAAAAAAACAAAACCUCAGGUCUUUCACAAACUUGUAAUUUCAGAAACCUGUAAUUCUCUGUUUCGGGUUUCCCCUGCCACCUGAAAGUAGAGCCUUCCUAUGAAAUCUUUCAUCAGCCAAAAUGAUACAAAUUGAAGAAGUAAUUACCAUUAAUUUAUAUGGAAAACAUUAGAGCAUUCCCAGACCACCCCCCCAACCAUCCGAAACAUCUCUCAUAGGUUUUUCUGAUACCGUAAGACAUAUCUUGCUAAUGGAUGAACAAAAUAACUCAGAAUAAAGCACAGAUGCUCAGAGACACAGUUCAAAACUAUGGCAGCUUGACACUGAGAUGCUGAGUGUGGUUCCGUGGGAAGGAGCCUGGCCCUGCAGCUCUUGCUCCUUGAGGUGUGCACAGCCCUUAUAACUGCUCACUGUGAAACAAACGCUGAGUGUAUUUUUGCUUUUCACCUUUUUUCAUAGACGCAAAAAUUCUCUUCAUGUUUCUUACAGGUUAGGGAAAAUGGGUACUAAUAUAGGUCUUUUGUAAAAGUGAAGUGGCUUCAUUAAUGCAAAACUUUGAAAAGUAGGAGAUACUUGUAUUUUAAAUAGUCACAAUAAUGUUAAUAAACAUUUCUAAAUAAAUUUA